CGCCUACCACCACCACCCCCCCCAAAGAAGACCGGCCAAAGUCAAGAGCUUGAGGGAGAGAGAGGGAGGCAGGAUGAUGUCUGCGUCAUCUUCUUCGGCUGCGGUUCGGGUGGAGAAGGCGACGAGCGAUCUUCUGAUGAACCCCGAUUGGACCAUGAACAUCGACAUCUGCGAUUUUGUCAACUCGUAUCCUGGACAGGCUAGAGAAGUUAUAAAAGCAGUGAAGAAAAGAUUGCAGCACAAGAGCCCGCAAGUCCAAUUCCUUGCUUUGACGCUUCUGGAGACAAUGGUGAAGAACUGUGGUGAGUAUGUGCACUUUCAAAUUGCGGAGAAGAAUAUACUUGGGGAGAUGGUCAAAAUUGUUAAGAAGAAGACAGAUAUGAACGUCCGCAACAAAAUUUUAGUGUUGUUGGAUGCUUGGCAAGAGGCUUUUGGUGGACCAGGAGGAAAACAUCCGCAGUACUACUAUGCAUAUGACGAACUUAGACGUUCUGGCGUUCAAUUUCCCCAGCGCUCAUCCGAUGCAGCACCAAUAUUUACACCACCAGUGACCCAUCCAACUGAGAGGCAUCCUCAAGCUGGAUAUGGUAUGCCAAUCAAUUCAACAAGAAGACUUGACGAAGCAAUGGCAACUGAGAUAGAACAUCUGAGUCUGUCUACCAUGGAUUCGAUGUGGAACAUCAUGGAGCUCUUAAGUGAGAUGCUGCAAGCUGUGAACCCGAGUAGUCGUGAGUCGGUGAAAGAUGAAAUUAUAGUCGAUCUUGUGAAUCAGUGUCGUUCCAACCAAAAGAAGCUUAUGCAGAUGCUCACUACAACUAGUGAUGAAGAACUUCUUGCUCGAGGUCUUGAAUUGAACGAUGGCCUGCAAAUUGUAUUGGCAAAGCAUGAUUCUAUAGCUUCUGGGUCCCCAUUGCCAAAUCAAACAGCAAACUUCAACUCACAAUUGGACAAAGCUGGAGCUUCUGGCGUUAAACAGGGUGAAGUUAAACAGAGCGAAAAGAAAAGAGAUGCCAGCCCAAGAGCAAAUGCAGCACCCUCUACACCUCCUGCUACUCUUGCAAGCCGCUUUAUGGAUGAAGAGGACGAAGAAGAAGACGACUUUGCUCAGCUCGCACGAAGGCAUUCUAAACCGCAAAAUGUUCCUGGAAACACAAGUGCAGUUGGGAACGCCGGUCUUGCAUCGAUGAACAGCCCGAGCAGCACAAGUUCAUCUGCUCCAUCUACAUCAGCUGCCGUUCCAGCUGAUGCUUUGGCUUUAGCUUUGCCUGACCCGCCUGCUCCUGUUAAGACUACAAAAGACCAAGACAUGAUCGACUUCCUUAGCCUUGCCCUGACGACCAAGUCUCCCUCACCCCAAACCCCUCACACUCCAUCCUCAAAUCAAAAUAUGAAUCAAGUACCUGUUUCUCCUAGUACGGAGGCCAAUCCUUAUGCUACCCAAAAUAAUUCUGGAUCUCAAGGUCAGUUAGCAUAUAGUAGUUAUGUGGUUCCAUGGGCCCAGCCGCAGCCACAGCUGCAGCCUCAGCCUCAGCCUCAGCCUCAUCUACAAUCAUACCGUCCAUUUUCUUCCCAAAUGCAACCUCAAUAUUCGUCGCCCUACCCUCCACCACCAUGGGCAUCCGGCACUAGUUAUUCCAAUCACCAACACCAAGCUCCCCCAUCAAAUGCUGGCGCAUUUUGGACUCCUCGAGCCGAGACCCCUGCGUCUUACACACCUCCACAAGGAAUCAGACCAUUGCAGUCUUUUAACUCGUUCCCUGCUAGAGGAAGCAAUGGACCUGCUCCAUCUACGGUUCCUAGUAAUAUCUCCGCGCCUCCACCUGGACAGAAGCCUUUUGUUCCUUCUUACAGGUUGUUUGAAGAUCUAAACGUCCUUGGCAAUGCUAACGGAAGGCUGAAGACGACGAGUGGCGGGUCUCCUACGCUCUCCGGGAGUCCUGGUCCAAGCAUGGUUGGUGGGAGGAAGUGAAGUGCACAUAACAAAGCUUGCUUUGCUUCUUAUAGGUUGUAAAUAUGGGGCAAUUUGUCUUUAGGUUUUGAGUGUAUCUAGACUCUGAUUUGACACGAGUCACAUUUUAUCGAUUUCUCAUACAGAAACGCUUUCUUCGUCAAAUUCUUCUUAAUAAGGCUUCUGGGUGCUGCGCGGACAGGCGCUUGAUGGCGAAUGUGCUAUUUUAAGAUUUGUUUUGCAAAAUGAAACUUCGACUUGUAAGUUGAUUGUAAUGGUUGAUGGCGUGGGCCGAUUGAUUACUGCAUUGUAGCUUUUUACCACUA